AUGGACGCAAUCAUCGAAUCUGGACGUAAGAUCUGGGAGGGCGAGAUUGACUUUGAAGGUCAACGUCUGGUCGAGAUGUUCUGUAGCGUCCUACUAAGCACUGCUGGAGUCAUUGCUUUCAUGAUUGGCUUCGCAACUCAGAACAUAGCAUACACUCUCUGGAUUCUCCUCGCUGGAGCAGCCCUCACGUUCGUCGUGUGCGUGCCCCCAUGGUCUAUCUACAACAAGGAUCCCGUCAGGUGGCUGCCUGCAAGAAAGUCAAACGGAGUCACAGGCAUAGACAUUACAGUCGACGGCAAGAAAGUACAAUAA